CAGCAGCACAAUCUGGCGUGGACUCCCAACCCAGUCAUUUUGCAGCAAGCUUCCCUUCUUGACUGUCUUCAGAGCCUCACCUUCAUACGCAAAGUUGGGAUCUCCCCUCGUCUCCGCUGAGCUCGAAAUCAACGAAAAACCCACAUCAUGAGCCGAAGCGGAACCAGGUCGCCCCCACCCACUUCGCGGUAUUCCCACUCCUCAGGGGCACCCGCCAGAGACGCUCGUCGCUCUCGCUCGCGGAGUCAAGAUCAGCGACCCAGCCGGAAUCCGCCACGGGAUAGAUAUUAUGACGACGAGCGGCAAGCGCGCAACGAGUAUCGAGAUGACAGGCGGGGGAGAUCGAGAGAGCGGUCGGAGAAUCAGAGCCCGCCUCGUAACAUCCGAAGUGAAAGGGAUUGGGAGAAUAGAUACGAGAGCAAUGGCCCCGCAAACGGACAUCAGGGUGGGUAUCACCGUGAGCAGGACGGAUACCGCGGCGAUCGUCGAGGGGGUCACGAACUCGAACAACAGCAAGGAGAAACGUUCCAACAAUUCCUGCAAAGACGGCAGGAGAUUAGGGAAGCUAGCACGGCGACGAUAUGGCUUUCAUCGCCUGAAGUCCGCGUGAGGGAUACGUCGGUGUCGCCUACGCGGAAGGGGAAGAGCUCGAAGCGGAGGAACCGGUCUGAGUCUGGAAGUCCGGCGAGACGGAAGAAGAAGAGGAGUAGCCGGGACAGCGAGGACAGCGCGGGGGAGAGCAGCGACUCGGAUGCGGGGGCGAGGCGAAAGUCAAGGAAAGGGAAAGAUUCACGGAGGGAUAGGAAGUCGAAGAAGGAUAAGAAGAAGAAGAGUAGUAAGAAGCGGAGGACUCGGACGCCGUCCCCAUCGUCGUCUUCGUCGUCUGCUUCUGAGGGGGAGUCGGAACGAGCGGUGGUAGCAAUCACUACCUCGACGGAAAAGCAAGCCGAAGCAUCCGCCGAGGUAGACGAGACAGUGCAAGACUACUGGAGAGAGAAAACCGUAGAGCAAGUCGACGACGCGCCUGUCGGACCACUCCCAUUAAACGUCGCAGAUCCAAAACAUGAUGACCGGGCAUACGGUGGAGCACUGCUCGCUGGAGAGGGGUCAGCAAUGGCAGCGUACCUGCAGAGCGGCAAACGUAUUCCACGUCGUGGUGAAAUCGGAUUGACGUCGAAUGAGAUUGAAGAUUAUGAGAAGGUCGGGUUCGUCAUGUCGGGAAGCAGGCAUCGAAGGAUGAAUGCCGUUCGGAUCAGGAAGGAAAAUCAGGUCAUCAGCGCAGAAGAGAAACGAGCUCUGCUACUGUUCAAUCAAGAGGCGAAUAUGAAGAAAGAGGCGGAGAUCAUUGCGAAUUUCAAGGAUAUGGUGUCGGCCAAGAUGAAGCCCGCGGAGGAUGCUGCUUGAGACUGCGUUGUGUUUCUGUGGAUGUGAUUGUAAUAAAAAUGUAUAUACGCCGAUACCUUGCCUACAAGUGAUGCGCGGAUAGGACUCAGGAUGGGGUCUCUGCUCUUGGUGGAACGCUUGGUGGAAUAACGUUUCAAUAUCUUAUGCGAUGGCGAUGAUUUUCGCAUUUGCCUUUCUAUGAACGGUUCUAUGUUACGGUGAUG